CACCAGAAACAAGCCUGCUACUUCCAAUAAGACCAUUAGGUGAUACAACGAAUGGCAUUGUUGUAUGUUCAUUGACCUUACCCCAUGCCUCAAUGACUGUGGUGAAGGAACUAGCGAGGGUUGUGGCCGAUAGAAUCAGGAAGUUUGAGCCAGAGGGUUGCCGACUGGUGGAUUGGUUUUGGCGCCUUUUGUGGCGAAGGAAUUGGGCUUUGGUGCGUCUUUGUUCUUAGAUUGCUGUUAUUUGGCUUGCCUUUUUUAGUUUCCAUUAUUUUUGCUUCCGGACUCGAGGAUAUGCGCGGUUUGACUACGUGCCUCUUGCUUCUACGAUGGAAUAGCAGCGAAAAGGGUGUCAAUAUCCAUAUCAUAUUUGGGAAGAAGAAAGAAAUGCUGGCCAAUAUCAUCAAAAGAUCGUCACGUUCUAUGGGGCUUCUCCAAGAAGCAAUGGUACAGCGACCAGCUCACCACCAAAAUAUCAUAUCUUUUUGACGAAGGAGAUCAGGAACCACUCGUCUAUCUUGAUCCCAAUCUUCUCCCGUUGGUCAAAGGGAAAUGAUUGCUUUGAUUGAUGAUGUCAUUACUUCUGGGGCAUGAGUGCUAUGUUGGAACUUUUGAAUGGGGAGGAGGUUGGUGAUGAAGCGGUGAGGAAUGAGAGGUUGUAUGGGGUGAAAGAUGGAGCGAUGGAAGAUGGUGUGAAGGAUAGAGGAGAGAUGACGAAAGGAGAGAUGACGAAAGGAGAGAUGACGAACGGAGAGGUGGCAAAUAAGAAGAUGACAGAUGACCUGACGUAUGAGGAGGUCAAACAUGAAAAGAAAAGGGUGGAAUGGGGCUGAAUGUUGUUUGUGUGGGGGUGGCAGUGCUACAGGGGGAUGAGUAUAAGAAGAUAUUGAGUGGGGAGGUGGUUAGAAUGGUGGUGGGCGCCGUGGCGAGUCCGUUACUAAAAGCGGUUGAGGGAGGCUGGAUUCCUAUAUGAGAUUUGGAGCGUGAUUACUCUUUUGUUUGUAAGUUGGUUUACUCUUGCAUAAUAAAAGAGGCUGAGGAUCAGGCUGACAACAUGUCUUUGAAUGUCUACCACUUGAAGAUAAAGGCGACCUGAUUGCAAAGGCUAACUCUAUGAAAUAUCUCAUCUGUUGAUGAUAACAUAGAUAGUUCUUGUUUUUAUUGAGCAUCUUUAUUACUAACUUUGCUUCCGCCAAU